GUGGCCGGUACAUCAACCUCACGGACUGGAUGGAGGCCUUUGCGUGCGUCAUAGAGCCCGAUCUGGAUAUGAUAGUAGACGAAGGAGAUGAUAUACCGCUCAAUCCUAAGACACCCAAGAAGAGGAAGCGGAGUCUGGCCCAAGUCAAAGCGGCGGCUAUGGAAAAGAGGCAGAUGGAGCUGCGUCGUGCCUUGCAGGCCAGAUUCACCGCCGCUGUGCGUGACAUGCAGUUCUUGGGGUUUAUCAGAUCCACCAAACGGAAAGUCGAUCAUGUGGAACGACUGACCUGGGGCCACGCAUGAAUGUGGGUCACAUUCAUUAAUAAAUAAACAAUUCAAUAAAGCUGUAUGUCAC